CAGGAGCCUCACAAGUUAUGAAUGUAUUUUGGUAUCAUUGCCUCACCCAUUAUUCAUUCACUCAAUCUAUGCUCUGUAAUUUCAGACUACAACAAUCUUUAUGGUCAAUUUCUAGCAGAGAUUGGAGAAACGCUCUCACUUCCGACGUCUGUUGAGAUGUAUCGACCAACAUCUCGACCUUUAGAGACACCGUUAGAGACCUCUCAACCAACAUCUCGACCGUCAGAGACACCGUUGGAGGCGUCUCGACCAACAUCUCGACGGGCAGAGACUCUGACAGAGACACUGUCAGAGACACCCAUGUUGAUGAAGUUUCGACCGACGUCUCCACCAACGUCUCCACCAACGUCUCCACCAAUGUCUUGACCAACGUCUUGACCAACGUCUUGACCAAUGUCUUGACCAACGUCUUGACCAACGUCUUGACCGAUGUUUAUCAAAACGUUGACACCGCAACCGCAACCUUGAGGUGAUGAUUUGAUGACAUUUCGACCGACUUUGAAACCGACGUUGGAACCUCAACUGCGACUGCAACUCCAACUCCAACUCCAACUGCAACCUCCACCACAACCUCAACUUCAACCUCAACUUCAACCUCAACAGCAAUCUUUGGACGACGUUUGGACGGUGGUUGGACCGAUGUCUGUUGAAAACUUUAAACCAACGGAUGAAUCGACGGUUGAACUGAUCGAUCUAGGGACAGAUGAACCAAAUCAACAAUUGAUUGAAGAACCAACGGAUCCAGGGACGGAAGAACCGACGAAUCAAGGGACGCGUUGAGCGACGAAUGAACGUCGGGCGUUUCUGCUGUACAAAAUCGUUCUGAAACGUCCCAGACUGCUGAACAGAACGGCGCUCAAGAUUUUAUUUGUUUCGAUACUUCCCACAAAGACCUAUCUUUGUGAACAGGUGCCUUCACAGAUCCGUCGGCCUUACCGUGCAAAGAUCCAUCACAACAUAUUUUAUCUACGUUGGUGCGGAAAGGUGUCCUUAUGGUGUAUUGUUGCAAGCCCACCUGCCUUCACGUGCAUGUGUCCAUUACAACGUAUUGGAUUCACCUUAGUGCGGGUCCUGUUUAUAAUGCGGAAAGGUUUUUACGCGGUCUAGUGUGUCAAGCCCACCUGCCAUAGCGGGCUGGAAGCCACUACAAUAUAUGCUAUUUACCUCAUUGCAGGUCCCAUUUAAAUUCAUAGUUACGCAUGUGCAAAAUGUUGGAGUACGAGUACUACCUCAUUGCAGGUCCUGUAAUUCUUAGUUUGUUGUGCAUAUGAAAAAUUUUAUGUACGACUAGCGAUAUGAAACGAGCAGAUUAUUAAGGCAUGAUAUUUUAGAAUAAACUAUAGAAUAAUUUGAAAGGUCAAGUCCGUUUUUCUUAGCGUCGAAAUCUACCUUGUUUCCGCGUUAACAUUUUUCUCAGUGCAUCCCAUUCGCAUGCCCCAGGCAAGAAUUCUGGGAGUACCGAUUGUUCAGCAGCAUGUGCUAAUACAUCCUCACUUGGAUAUCUGAUCUUCUGUCCAGUCUGAAGACAGCUCAGUUGUGUCUGGCAAGCCUUGUCGAAGUAGUACGCCAAAACCCAUGCCUCUCCCAAUGUUUUGCCAAACGUACAAAAGCCAUGAUUCUCCAUAAGCAGAGUAUUCGUCUUUGGAUUCUUCACUGCCUCACCAAGGAGAGCUUGUUCUUCUCUAUCGUUCGACACACCAUGCCAAGGAUGAUUGCUAACACGACCGAUAAAAGGCGCUGCUUCCUGGGCUAGAGGUACAAAACCCAUUUCAAGACAAGAAACGGCAACGCUGGCUGGAGUGUGAAGAUGUACAAUUGCUUUGACAUCGGAUCGUCGUUUGUAUACUGCUUCGUGAAUGAUAUCAGCGGUUAUGUUGCCAGAACUUUUAACGAGAUCUUCAGGACCUACGUCAUCAAACAUGCGACUGCCUGGAGUAAUCAGAAAGCUCCCGUCAGAGAGAAGAACUGAAAUAUGAUUCCAAACAAGCUCGUCCAGUCCAAACUCUCGAGUGAUUCUGUAAGCAUCACUGAGCUCAUGCCUCAUGCGCUGUUCUUCCAGGCGUAGGAUUCCGCGUUCUUCGAGAGUGUCCUCGACUUGGUUUGGUAUGUCCUCCACUAAUUCCUUUCGAACGUACGUAGUAUUCGUUGCAAAAUGAGGCGUAAUGGUACAAUUCUUUAGGUUCCACAAAUCAUGGUCUGGCGGCAACGGUUCAGGGUCGGUUGUGUCAAGGAUUGCGUGACGCACCAAUCCUUCAUCGAGUGCACGUAACAUUCCAGCCGUUUCUACCACUUUUCCACGCGCCAUAUUGAUGAAGAUCGCAGUUCUUUUCAUCAUGGAAAAUGAGGAAUAGUUGAUCAGUCCAGUAGUCGAUGUUGUCAAAGGAACCAUCGGGAUGAUCACGUCGCAAGUACUCAGUAGGUCAGCGAUUCCAACGUGAUACAUAUGGUGUGUUCCCUCCUCGAAGCGGCAUCGUAUGUCGCUUGGAACAUGAUAAACCAGCUCGCACGACUUGGACAGAGAGCGUAUUCGCUUUGCUGUCUCGAUCGCUAUGGCACCCAUUCCUAUGAACCCGAUCUUGCUACAAUCAAGGUCAACACCGUCUGAAUUCCAAGUCAAAUCCCACGAUGCACCGGGGAAGGGAACCCCGACAUUCUGAAAGCCAUUUCGCAGGCCGAAAAUAACGUUUGAUAGCAAAU